AAGUCGCAGCAGAUCCUUCUCUCAAACUCAGAGAGAGAGAGAGAGAGAGAGAGAAUGGCGAAAAUCCCAUUCCUUGCCGUCGGGAUUGUCAUCCUCUGCUGUGGGAUCGGAGUGAAAUCGGACGGCUCAGAUCACAGGUACAAAGCCAAAGAUCAUGUCCCGCUCUAUGCCAACAAGGUGGGCCCCUUUCACAAUCCCAGUGAGACGUAUCGUUAUUUCGAUCUUCCCUUUUGUACACCAGAUCAUGUGACGGAGAAAAAAGAAGCUCUUGGGGAAGUCCUGAAUGGAGAUCGUCUGGUCGUUGCUCCCUACAAACUUGAUUUCCUUAUUGAUAAAGAUUCUGAAGGUAUUUGUAAAAAAAAGCUGUCAGCAAAAGAAGUUGCCCAAUUUCGGAAAGCAGUCGCCAAGGACUACUACUUCCAGAUGUACUAUGAUGAUUUGCCAAUCUGGGGAUUUCUUGGGAAGAUCGAUAAGGAAGGGAAAGCUGACCCCAGCGAGUACAAAUAUUAUCUUUACAAGCAUAUUCAUUUUGACAUUCUUUUCAACAAGGAUCGUGUUAUUGAGAUUAAUGUCCGGACUGAUCCGAAUGCCUUGGUGGAUGUCACUGAGGACAAGGAAGUCGAAGCGGAAUUCAUGUACACAGUGAAAUGGAAAGAAACUGAUACUCCUUUUGAGAAAAGGAUGGAAAAGUACUCAAAAUCUUCUUCACUGCCGCAUCACUUGGAGAUCCAUUGGUUCUCGAUAAUAAACUCGUGUGUUACAGUUCUCCUCCUGACAGGAUUCCUCGCCACGAUUCUAAUGCGGGUGCUUAAGAAUGAUUUUGUUAAGUAUGCCCAUGACGAGGAGUCAGCUGAAGAUCAAGAAGAGACUGGAUGGAAGUACAUUCACGGUGAUGUCUUCAGGUACCCGAAGUUCAAGUCUUUGUUUGCUGCUGCCCUUGGUUCUGGCACUCAGCUGUUCGCCCUCACAAUUUUCAUUUUCAUACUUGCGCUUGUUGGGGUAUUCUAUCCAUACAACCGAGGAGCUCUUUUCACUGCUCUGGUGGUCAUAUAUGCUCUUACAUCAGGUGUCGCAGGCUAUACUGCAACUUCCUUCUAUUGCCAGCUUGAAGGAACAAACUGGGUGCGGAAUCUGUUGUUGACAGGGUGCCUUUUCUGCGGGCCUUUGUUCCUAACCUUCUGCUUCCUUAACACAGUUGCUAUAGCUUAUAGCGCCACUGCAGCAUUGCCAUUUGGCACGAUUGUGGUGAUUGGCCUCAUAUGGACACUGGUAACAUCUCCUUUGCUUGUUCUGGGUGGCAUUGCAGGGAAGAACAGCAAGGCCGAAUUCCAAGCACCCUGUCGCACCACUAAGUAUCCUCGAGAGAUUCCGCCAUUACCUUGGUACAGAGGGGCAAUUCCUCAGAUGGCAAUGGCUGGGUUUUUGCCCUUCAGCGCUAUCUACAUUGAACUUUACUACAUAUUCGCCAGUGUGUGGGGCCACAGGAUUUACACCAUAUACAGCAUUCUCUUCAUAGUCUUCAUCAUUCUCCUAAUUGUCACUGCUUUCAUUACUGUGGCGUUGACUUACUUUCAGCUUGCCGCCGAAGACCAUGAAUGGUGGUGGAGGUCUUUUCUCUGUGGAGGAUCCACUGGCUUAUUUAUCUAUGCAUACUGCCUCUACUACUAUCAUGCUCGGUCGGAUAUGUCUGGUUUCAUGCAGACGUCUUUCUUCUUUGGGUACAUGGCUUGCAUAUGCUAUGGUUUCUUCCUCAUGCUUGGGACCGUCGGUUUCCGUGCCUCCCUACUCUUUGUCCGCCACAUUUACCGCUCUAUCAAGUGCGAGUAGUUGAUCUGCACCAAGUCAGGUAUGUUCCUUCCUCUUUGUUUCCGUAAAAGCUUUGUUGUAGAGAAGGAUAGUAGUUGAUGUUAGUUAAAGGGUAGUUGGGGAAUACGUCAGAGCUCGAAAGUGACAUGGUUUUUAGAAGUUUGAGGCCAUGUUUCCUGGAAACGGGUAUUGACUCGAUUUUUGUUGGUGGUGAGGAGGAAAAUUCUUCAGUUAUAAGAAAGGAGAUUGUAUCAUUCCAUUAUAAUACAUGUAUCUGCAGCAACUCUCUGGAAAACAGUUUCUUUUUUCUCA